GUAGUAGUUUCAGUGCCGUUCCGUUCCAAUCGUUUUUCCUGUUCCGUGGCUGGUGACAUCCGCGAGUGCUAUCUGGUUGAGUUCGGGUCGGUGGGUCGAAAGUUGGGGUUGGGUGGUGUUGUUUGCUGAUUAAUGAGACUUCCCGCGAGCCUCCGCCGGUCAAACGUGGACGCGGACCAGUAAUAAAGAAGUUUCCACCUACCGGGGCGGGUGCGAGGAGAUAAGUUCUCCACCUUGCUUUGCCAGAUACUCAAACACAACGUUAUAGUCUGAAUGAGCUGUCAGAUUCUUCACAGAAGUUUUUCAGAUGGCGACGACAUUGUUUUUUCCUUUAUGUGCAACCUUGUGAGUUUAGGGCGAUAACUUGUUUCGCGAAAAAUAGUUUCGGGUGUUAUCCGACUAUCGGCUACACCUUGGGAGGUUGUUCCGUAAGAGAACUAGCAUCAAAUGGGCAUAGAAUUGUGUUCGGAGUGAAUAGUUUCGGGGACAAAUCUGGUGGAUGUGUAAUUAGAUAAAGAUCUUAAGGCUAGUCACAUACAUGUGAUAAUCCAAUCCAAGGUCGCGUAAAGUUCGAGUUUCCGGUAACUAAAAGCAUACACAAAUAUUGGGCUACACGGAAGUCGAAGAUAGUGGUUCAUCUUCGGGUAGCGUUAGGGCAUGAGGUCGCAGCUGAGUAACUUUAACGCAUCACUAAUCAUGCCGAGUGGGAGUUCCACCAAUGUAUCGGGGGGCAGUACGAUUCCCCAGCGACCUCCCCGCCGAAGGGCUCACUCGGUGGGAACAUCCAACUAUGGCAGCACGCUAGCGAUGGCUUCUUCUACGCCGCGAGGUUCCCUCUUUAACGCCAACGACGAAGACACAUGUUUGAUUCGAGUGAAGAUUCUGGCGGCUCAUUCCCUCACCAAGAAGGAUAUUUUCGGCUACAGCGAUCCCUAUGUGAAGGUGGAUCUCAACACCAUCGUCGGGGAUGUCAACAUCGAUUCGAUGGUUACCAAAACUAAGAGAAAGACCCUCAACCCGGUGUGGAACGAGGAGUUCAUUUUCCGGGUGAAACCCAACGAGCACAAGGUGGUGUUUCAGGUGUACGACGAGAAUCGCCUGACCCGAGAUGGGUUUCUCGGGAUGGUGGAGGUGACCCUCAUCAAUCUCCCGCGGGAGCAGGAGGGACGAACGAUCGCGACCAAAAACUACCCACUGCGCCCGAAAACAAUCUCCGGCCGGUUGCGAUCCAAGAUUCGUGGCUCGCUCGAUAUCUACCACGCUGUGAUACGGGACCAGGAUGCGCCGGAACAGAGCAAUGCCUGGCAAUCGGUCGAGCAACCGUCCAAUGCUACGCUGCGAGCGGCCCAGGAAGCGGUAGCCAAUGCGGAUGCCCUUCCGCAGGGCUGGGAAGAGCGGCAGGAUGCCAUCGGGAGAACUUACUACGUGAAUCACAUUGCCCGCACCACCCAGUGGGAGCGGCCAACUACGGCACCGUCCCAGCCGCUGAUCAACGAAAUGACCGCGGCGUUCCAGCGGAGGUUCCACAUUAGCAACGAUCCGGGAGACACUGGCGGCGGCGGCGGCGGUGGAGGUGCCGGAAGUAAUGCGGAUACGGUGAGCAUUACUUCAGAAGGAAACUCGAGCCUGCGACUGGACGAAUCGUUAGACGGCUCGGUAGCGUCUUUGAACACAACACCUGGUGCAAACAACAGUGCCUUAUCCCCGUCACCGUCGGCAACUUCCCUGUCCAAUGGAACCAUCCGACCGACCCGACGAGCUCCGUUACCACCAUCAGCAACAGGUCAAUCGACGCCCACCUCGACCACCAGUACGCCAACCAGCGGUAGACGAAUGGCCCCUCAACCUCCCGGAAGCGCUUCGUCCAACACUGGAGAAGGCUCACCGACGGCCGCCGACGACAGCCGGAAUAAUAACAGCGCUAGCCAUGUGAUACUGAACGAUACUGGCGGCGGGGAUACCCCUGAGACUGGAAGUAGCCGGGAGAUUUCGGACGCCAAUCAAUCUCCGUCCGCCCCGUUGAGCGGUACAAACUCUCCCGGUCCAACGGCGCCGAGUUCCGAGGGACUUCCACCGGGCUGGGCCGUCCAGAGCACCUCCAAUGGACGGCUGUUCUUCAUAGAUCACAUCAACAAAAUUACCUCAUGGGUUGAUCCUCGGACGGGCGUUGCUAGCCCGAUCCCUAAUUCUGGCUCGAACAACAAUGGCGGCUCGACGCAGGGAUCUGGCGGUAGCGGAGGACCAGGUGGACGAGGUGCUGCCGGAACUGGCGGCGGUGGUGCUCGGGGACACGACGACGAGCUCGGUCCUCUGCCGGAAGGUUGGGAGGAGAGGGUUCACAGCGAUGGAAGAACGUUCUUCAUUGAUCACAACACCCGAACAACGCAAUGGGACGAUCCGCGGUUGACGAAUCCAAAGAUUGCCGGGCAGGCUGUACCUUAUUCCAGAGAUUAUAAGCAAAAGUACGAGUAUCUUAAGAGUCAGCUGAAGAAACCGGCUAACGUCCCGAACAAGAUCGACAUCAAGGUGCGGCGAGCUUCGAUCCUGGAGGACUCGUACCGCAUCAUCAACUCGGUAUCGAAGGUAGAUCUGCUCAAAACGAAACUCUGGGUCGAAUUUGAGGGAGAGGCUGGUCUCGAUUACGGUGGCCUAGCUCGGGAAUGGUUCUACCUGCUGUCCAAGGAAAUGUUCAACCCGUACUACGGUCUGUUCGAGUACUCGGCCAUGGAUAAUUACACGCUGCAGAUCAAUCCCAAUAGUGGACUGUGCAACGAGGAGCAUUUGAAUUAUUUCAAAUUCAUAGGUCGGAUAGCUGGAAUGGCCGUCUAUCACGGUAAACUGUUGGAUGCCUUCUUUAUUCGUCCUUUCUACAAGAUGAUGCUGCAGAAACAGAUCGACUUGAAAGAUAUGGAGGCCGUCGAUACCGAGUAUCACAACUCGCUGCUGUAUAUAAAGGAAAACGACCCCUCGGACCUGAUGCUUACGUUCAGCGUCGACGAGGAGAGCUUUGGGACCACUAGUCACCGGGAUUUGAAACCGGACGGAGCCUCUAUUGAGGUCACAAAUGAAAACAAGGACGAGUACAUUCGGUUGGUUAUCGAGUGGCGAUUCGCGGCCCGCGUCAAAAGUCAGAUGCAGGCCUUCCUAGACGGAUUCGGCUCGCUUGUUCCGCUGCAUUUGUUGAAGAUAUUCGACGAGAAUGAGCUGGAGCUGCUGAUGUGCGGCAUCCAGAGCAUCGAUGUGAACGACUGGAAGCGGAACACACUCUACAAGGGAGAUUACUACGCCAACCACGUGGUGGUUCAAUGGUUCUGGCGAGCGGUGCUUUCCUUUAGCAACGAGAUGCGGUCAAGGUUGCUUCAAUUCGUGACCGGUACCUCCCGGGUACCGAUGAACGGCUUCAAGGAACUUUACGGCUCCAACGGACCGCAGAUGUUCACGAUCGAAAAGUGGGGAACACCUCAAAAUUAUCCUAGGGCACAUACUUGCUUCAAUCGAUUGGAUCUUCCGCCGUACGAAAGUUACUCGCAGCUCAAGGACAAACUGCUGAAGGCAAUCGAGGGUAGUCAAGGAUUCGCCGGGGUGGAUUGAAAUUUGCGGCACAAAUCGAUAGAUGAUACUGGUCAACAUUCCCCAAGCAUGCACCUCUACAUUUAAAGGAACUUGAAAGUAGUCUUGGAAAGCAGGUGGUUUUCUCAAAGAAAACCCUUUAGUCAUUCUAAAAAAGAAGAAACAAAAGAAAAAACAUACACAAAACCAACCAAAAAAACGAGGAACAAAUUUGAGCCAUAAUUAUUCGAGUCCCCCGAUGAGACAAGAUUUUAGAAUCGGAAUGCACGUGAUGAUGACGGAAAAAUGGUUGUAGUUUGUUGACGGCAGUCGGAAGCUCUAGCAGAACAAAUGCAACGAAACGCAGCAGUAGCAGCAGUGCCUUGUUGAGAGAAUGUGAUUGCGAGAGUACUCGUACCGAUAAUUAUGAACUACCACUUAGCAUGUACCUAUCUACUUAGUUCUUAGAGCCUAUCUUACAGAAAUUGAAAAUCACUACAAAAAUCA